AUGAAGAUAAUAAUAUAUUUUUGCAUUUGGACGAUAGCAUGGGCCAUUCCAGUUCCUCAAAUAAAACCAUUGGAAAGACAUACUAUUGACAAAUCUGUAAAUUUACAUCUGCUUGCAACACCGAAAGUACAUGUUCAGGAUGAGUUAAAUACCAAUGACACUGCUGGUAAAAGUGAUGUUCUCACACCAGAAAGAGAAGGAGAAAGACAACAGUAUAGCAAAGAAGAAGGGAAUCACUCUGAGUGGCCAGAAGUAGGUGGGAAGAGCUCUCCCACAUAUUCCAUUUUAGCCAACGGAGAGGGAAAUACUGAGGAUCUAAAUAGGACCACAGGAUAUCUGGAAACUCACAGUAAUGAUAAGCCACAUAGGAAAGAAGAUAACAACACAGCAAAUGACAUUAGGAGACAAGUAGGAACUGUAAACAAUGCUGGAACAGAAAGAGAGAGUGAUAUUUAUGGCAAUACUGAAGAGGACACACAAAACAGGGAAGUUGGAGAUGCAAGUCACAGUGAAAGUGCUGCUAUUUUCCCCCAAAAUGGAGGCAAUAACAGCACACACCAUGAGGAUGAAAUAAGUGGGAAUUCCUUAGGUAAUAAGGUUGAUACAAGUGCUAUAGUGCCUCCAAGAGAAGGUCAGAGUAAAGGAAAUAAUGAGACCGAGGUAACACCAGGCAAUGGAGAAGAUGGUGGCCUGGCAAAUUCUGAUGGGAGUCCCAGUGGAAAUGGAGAAGAAGAAGAUGAAGGCCAGGGCUCUGGUGAUGAUGGAGGUGAAGAAGCAGGGAAUGGAAGAGAGGGCAGUGAUAACAGCAAAGACCAGGAAAGGCAGGGUCAUAGAAAGCAAGAUGACAAUGACAAUAGCACAGGUCAAAACUCCAGUAGCCCUGAAAACACUGAUGGAGGGAGGAGGGAGGAAGACUUGGAUUGGACUGCAGCGGCUGGUGGUUGCCAGAGAGUAGAGCACACCCAGAAAUUUAAUCAUGGAGAGUGCACAGAUGUGAAAAAUGAAGUAAUUGAAGCAUCAGUACCAAGCACUAUUGGGAAGAGCCAAGUUAAGGGGAUAGGAAUAAAAAAUCCCAUCAGUGGCAUCAGAAAUAAUAUGACAAAAGAAGCUGAAAAAUUCCCCGAAGAAAAAAAAAGUGAAAGACAAGAUGGAGUGAUCAUGAGUAAAGGGAAUGUCAAGAAACAAGAAGAGAUUGACAGCAUUCAAGGAGCUGGUCAGAAACUGGUACCUGGAAGUCAAACAGGGUCCAGCAAAACAGGUAGUGACAGCAACAGUUACGAUUUUGAUGAGUCAAUGCAAGGAGAUGAUCCCAACAGCAGCAAUGAGUCUAAUGGCAGUGAUGAUACUAAUUCAGAAGGUGACAAAGACAGUGGUAGCCAAGGAGAUACUUCUAACAACUCUGAUGAAUCACAAAGUAAAGACAAUGGCAGUGACUCUGAUGGGGAAGGAGAUGAUGAUGACAGUGACAGCACAUCUGAAAACAGUGAUAGUGACAGUAAUGACAAUGGUAAUAAUGGAAAUGAUGAUGAUGAAUACUCAGACAACAGCAAUGGUAACUCAGACAGCAGUGAUGCCAGUGACACUGAGAGCAAAUCAGACAGCAGUGACAGUGACAGCAGUGACAGCAGUGACAGCAGUGACAGCAGUGACAGUGACAGCAGUGACAGCAGUGACAGUGACAGCAGUGACAGUGGCAAUGACAGCAGUGACAGUGACAGUGACAGCAGCGACAGCAGUGACAGUGACAGUGACAGCAGCGAUAGCAGUGACAGUGACAGCAGUGACAGCAGCGACAGCAGUGACAGUGACAGCAGUGACAGUGACAGCAGCGACAGCAGUGACAGCAGUGACAGCAGUGAAAGCGACAGCAAAUCAGACAGCAGCAACAGCAGUGACAGCAAUAACAGCAGUGACAGUGACAGUGACAGCAGUGAUAGUGACAGCAAAUCAGACAGUGACAGCAAAUCAGACAGCAGUAACAGCAGUGACAGUGACAGCAGUGACAGCAGUGACAGCAAUGAUAGUGAUAGCAGUGACAACAGUGACAAUGACAGCGACAGCAAAUCAGAGAGCAGUGACAGCAGUGACAGUGACAGCAGUGACAGUGACAGCAGUGACAGUGAUAGCAGUGACAGCAGUGAUAGCAGUGACAGCAGUGACAGUGACAGCAGUGACAGUGACAGUGACAGCAGUGACAGCAAAUCAGACAGUGACAGUAGUGACAGCAGUGACAGUGAUAGCAGUGACAGCAGUGACAGUGACAGCAGUGACAGCAGUGACAGUGACAGCAAAUCAGACAGCGACAGUAGUGACAGUGACAGUGAGAGCAGUGACAGUAAUGAUAGUGAUAGCAGUGAUAGUGACAGCAAAUCAGACAGCAACAGCAGUGACAGCAACAAUAGUGACAGCAAAUCUGAGAAUAAUGACAAUGGUGAUAGUGAUAGCAGUGACAGUGACAGCAGCAACAGCAGUGACAGUGACAGCAGUGACAGUGACAGCAGCGAUAGCAGUGACAGUGACAGUGACAGCAGUGACAGCAGUGACAGUGACAGCAGCGAUAGCAGUGACAGUGACAGUGACAGCAGUGACAGCAGUGACAGUGACAGCAGCGAUAGCAGUGACAGUGACAGCAGUGACAGCAGCAAUAGCAGUGACAGUGACAGCAGCGACAGUGACAGCAGCGAUAGCAGUGACAGUGACAGCAGUGACAGCAGUGACAACAGUGACAGCAGCGAUAGCAGUGACAGUGACAGCAGUGACAGUGACAGCAGUAAUAGCAGUGAUAGCAGUGACAGCAGUGAUAGCAGUGACAAUGACAGCGACAGCAGUGACAGUGACAACAGUGACAGCAGUGACAGCAGUGAUAGUGACAACAGUGAAAACACCUCAGACAGCAGUGAUGACAGUGACAACCAGAACAAACCUGGUAAUGGCAACAGCAGUGGAAGUGACAGUGACAGUGUCAGUGAAGGCAGUGAUAGUAAUCACUCAACCAGUGAUGACUAG